AUGGGCUUAAGUCGCAAGGCUAAAGUGACUGAGUCUGCAACGUCUUCAGCUUCUUCGACGUCUCGGUUCUUGGCAUUUUUCCACAAAAAACACGACGCGCAAGUACAGGAAGACAAGUGUCGUACUUUUCGUAUCAAGACCGUUCAGUCUAAGCAUCGGAGGACCAAACUUCGGAGCACGAGCUUCAGUGGCAGUGACGAGGACGAUCAAGCUCUUCAAAGCCCUGUCAACGUCAAAGUGUGUCAAAAAUCUUCAGAUCGAGUCGCACGUGAUGCCCCUUGCAUUGGUGUCUUUCCACAACGGUCGUCUCGGUCGUCGUCAUUGCAGUAUUCCUCCAGAUCUUCGUCCGUGUCUUCGUCAUCAUCUCGAUCAUCCGGAUCUUCACUGCGGAGAGAACGUCGACAGAAUUUUGCUUUGGCUCUAGCUCGGAACCAAGACGAUCUCAAUUGUCAGAGAUUCUCGUCUUCUGACUCAUCCUUAGGGUCCGAGACACGAGCGAUCACGUCGUUGACUAUGAGCUUCGGGUCAUGUGAAAUGUGGUGCAAGACCUCAGUGGACGAGUUUCUUUCGUGCUUUCCUCGGGAUCUGAUGGCAGAUGUACGCGUGACGUGCAAUAUCGUGAGUCCCCGACGUUCCAAGAGAUACAUGCGUGACCUUAUUGUAUCGCUUGAGUUUGAGAUCCGAGCGACCAAAUGGGCGGCCUAUUUCCUCCAGAUCGUGCACAAUGCACGCUUAGAGAAGCGAAUCUCGCUACGGUCGGCGAUUUCGAUCAAAUGGGCCAUUUGUGCUCAUGUACAAGGUCAAUCUCAAGCACAACAAGAAGAGAAAAAGAUAUUGGACGUGACGCUGCAGCGGAAGAUGACCGAGUACCGAGUCGCACUGCAGUGUGUCGCUGGCACACACGUCGUCAAAUUUGGCCGGAAGGGAAAACCUCAUGCAACGACACUGUGCGUCGAGAAUGGCGACACGUUGCGUUGGACAUCCAAGCUGCUGGCUCAUGCUACGCAUCUUGCUGCAGACGGUGUGGCAGCUACGACGACGAUGGGAAAAAAGCGAGUCAAGGCCAAGAAUGUCAUUCCACUUGCUAGUAUCAUCCGAAUUUCAUCCGGUCCUUCUACGAGUGUGUUGGCUCGGGCACUGCACAAAGGCACACUCGUUUUGGCCGACGCUGGAUGCACGUUGUCAGUCGUGACGCAUACACGCACACUGGAUCUCAAAGCAAAGACUGAUGAAGAACGUGAGUGGCUGCAGCGUAGUUUAGAGUUCCUUGUGGACCUUGCACGCGAUCACGAGCGACGAGUAUCGCAGCAAGUGGAGCUUACGAUAAUGAAGCGGAUGGAAACCUUUUCGGUCUGGAAGUACGGCCGCAAAGGCCGACCACACAAGACGCGUGUGUUUGUUGAUCGCUUUGGAGAAGUGUCGUGGCUUGGUCGUAGCGGAGACUCGCUUCAACUUGAUGAAAUUCUUACAGUGUACGAAGGUCUUCGCACGCCUGUAUUUGCUAGAGCUCGAGCAGCUGGAUUGAUGUCUUCAGCCAAGGCAGCACACUGUUUCUCUCUGGUGACAGCACUGCGAUCUCUGGAUAUCGAGGCGGUGAAUGAACAACAACGAGAUUGGUUUGUGGUAGCCUUCCGCUAUUUGCUGGACAAGGUUUACGAGAAAACCGCCGCUAUGCAGCGCGAGCGAGCUGAAAGACAGCUUCGCAUGCUACAGGAUCUAUGCGCUGAAGACGAUAGCUUUCUUAAUGGAGAUGGCGACAACAUGUACUACGACGAUCGUCCGCCAGCACGGCACUACAGCUAA